AUGGACGCGGCCUUGUGUGAUUAUGAAGAGGGCGAGAUUCCUAUAUGGCAAGAGCCAAGAUGCGAACCUUUGGGAGCACCUAAAGAAAAUCUUUGUGAUGAAGUACCCCCAGAACAAGUAUCAGGAGACAGAAUACACGCUUUGGAAGAAGAACAGGAGAUAUUAUCAUCAUCAGUAUUUUCUUUAACAUCUCAUCUCGCGCAAGUUGAAUUUAGAUUAAGACAAAUCUUGAAGGCUCCUCCGGAAGAAAAAGAUGCAAUGCUACAGGCUUUGGAAGAAUUUACAUCUAGGGGAGUCGAUUCUCGAGCAGCACCGCAAGGGAGCGCGGGAGAAUCGUGUGGCGAAUGCUUAGAGUUGGAGCGAAAAAUUCGUAGCCAACGAGCGAGGCAAGCUCAUUUUAUCGAAAGGUUAAAGACUCAACUGAAAGAACUCGAGAGAUACGCUGAGAAUCCCUCGAAUCUGGACGAUGAUAAACAUAGAUCGUUAAUAGAACAUCUACGCCGUGAAAUAGAUCGUAGCUUGGAAGAAGGCUGCCAUCAACCACUAACAACCGAAGAAUUAAGGCAUCAAAUUGAUUGCGCAGUGCGACAGUAUGCGGAACGACAACUUUCUAAAGAGGAAAUCAUUAAGAAACUACAGGCUCACAUUGACGACAUGCAAAAAUUCAUAAAACUUAUGAAAAAUGAAGAUGUAAAGAGUAACACGAGGAAAGCAAAGGAAGCGAGAAAAGUUGGUAAGUCCGAUUCGUUUGAGAAAAAUUUUAACAGAAACAAAGUGAAUGAUGAGCUUAAAGCGGAAACAAUUAAUUUAAUGAGGAAAGCGUCAGCACUCAUACAGAUAUUCACCGUCUCACAAUUUGGUUGUUCUACGAACACAAGUAAAAAGUUUGAUAGAAAAUCAUCAACUAUAGUGACACAUUGGGGUAAUCUUAGAGCUAAACUCGAAAUGUCAAUAGAUGCCGUACUUCAUAUAGUAUCUAGGGAGCGAUCUUCACAAUCAGUGAUUGAUAGCUAUGAUAGUGAGUCAGAAGAAGGAGCCAUUAUCAUUAACGAUGCCCCUCUCACAACCGCUGUACGUAGACACCUAGCUAUAAAUCUAAGAGACUUACUACAACACGGCUUAGUCGGUCCGGAGUCAACAUCAUUAGUACCUAUAAUUGGAUGCUUCCCAGUACGCAAAUCUUCUGCUUUCAAAUCUAUACAUAUAUGGGAGUUAAUCUUACGUUACUAUGAGUUGAACGACGGUGAUAAUUUCAAUUCGACCCCAGCAAGAAAAUUAAGCCAGAGUUUUAACUUAGACAUAGUGGGUGGAACUGCCAUAACUAAUAAGCAGAGCUUGUUAAGUGCUAUCGGCAAUAUAAUAGCCUCUCACACACCAUAUAAAAGAAGCUAUGAUGCACAUUUUAAAGCUUUUGUUUGUGCUGCCUUAAACUCACACAGACUGGUUUUAUGGUUGAAUAUUAUGUUAAAAUGUAGGUCGCUCAUUGACUCGUAUUACUCUUCAACAAGUUAUGUUGUUAAUACAGGGUUUCAAGACACUCUGCAAAGUCUUGAUCGUUUAACUCCAUAUAAUUUUGACUUGCCAGUCGAUCUUGCGGUGAAACAAUUUCAAAAUAUCAAAGAUGUAUUUAUGUAGUGAGUAACGGUAAUUUUUACAUAAUCAAAAAAAUGCCUUCCACAUUAGCUAUGCAUUUAUUAU